CUUCUCGACAUGACGACAAUUAGUACCGAGCAGACAGCUAAACUGUUCCUCACGAACAUCGUGCGGCUAAACGACAUCCCAUUGGCAAUCAUCUGCGAUCGUGACCCACGGUUCACGUCGAACUUCUGGGCAAAAACCUGGGAGCAGUACGACACACGUCUGCAUCUGUCUACGGCGUACCACCCGCAAUCGGACGGUCAGACUAAGUGCACCAACCAGAUUAUGGAGCAACAGAUUCGCACGACAUAUAUAGACUCUCUCCAGGGAGCUUCCUUGGCAUCGUCAUCGAUUUUCCACGCGAAGCCAAAUACCUCAAGAUAGCCCGUCCAUGAUUAGGUGUGGGUUGUGCAAACUACUCUGGCAAAAAUGGAAUUCCGCAGAAGUCUGUCUGGAAGAAGCUGUUUGAUUCGAACCCAAGAUUCCGAGCCUGGUUCUACUCUAUUCCCCCAGUGACUGCAGCGCUGUUUGAAUUCGAAAGCAGGGUUCUGCUCUAUCGCCUUCACUGAGCAUUUUCCGACGGCAAUAUUGGAAGGAAUUACUAGUAAUUUUCCCAGUUCCCACCGACAGCCCGAGUCGACCAUCAGCGGACUACUACUAGGUCCAAGUAGUACUUUUACUUACUUACCACUACUAGUGGUUAAUGCGGUGGCGGCUCAUCUUGUGGUCGCUCGAAAUAUUUGGAACAAUUCAGGUUUAACGCGGCAAUGUCAAGAACGAAGACGUCCGCCGCUAAGGAGAGGAGCAGGCGAGUGGCUGGAGCACUCUGGAAGCCGGAGGUACAGUACAACCGGAGGUACAGUAUAGCCUUCUCAGAACUCUGAGGUGCAUUGUGAAGUAAUGUCCGACAUAGAAAGACUGAUUUCCCUCCUUCUGCGUUCAUCCCAAAAUUUGGAAAACAGCAAAUUUUCCACGCGACAACCUUUUCGGUAAACAAUACCCUGCCACAGAGUCGGUAGGCACUUGAAACACCGUAAGUACUCCCUCUGCAAGGCGAGGGAGUACCAAGAAUGUAUUUGCGAGCGAAGUAGGCCAGGUGCAUAUACCCACACCCUCGUGACAACCUUGUUGCAUCCUCGAGAUAGGCUCGCCACCAUGUGUCACCACCGUUGCGUCGGACGCUGUGGGCACGACGCAGCCUGAAUAUAAACAAGGAGCGGAACAGUGCACAAGCGACAACCAACAAGCCCGCGCCGCUGCGGGCCGAAUGUACAAGGAUUGGGGCAGGAGUGUGGCGUCAAAAUCACGCCACGACCUCCUCUGGCCACGAAUCAUACAUCAUCCAAUCACAAAACUCUUUACUGUAUAACAAAUUCGACCCAGGCGCAAACGACCCAUGAUGCCAUGAUGUUGCAUGUACACCUGAUGUUAUGAAUAAUACCUGAGAGUGCGCGGAAUAAUACUGACUAGUACAAGAAUGUGAACCUAACAUUAUAUAGCGAGGAAUCUAACUAGGCGACGAGCCCGGAUGGCUUGGUUGGGUAAAGGCGCGGUCGAAAGGGUCGGAUGCGGCGCGGGCGUGCCUCGGGGUCACGUUGAAAACGGACCGAGCCUUGUCUUCCUGUCAACUUAUACAUAUGCUGUACAUAGAAGUCAUAGGCUAGCAUAGGCGUGUGCUUCUAGUAAGUACAACCCCAACAGGUACAUGUUCUAGGUUUCUCACACUAGUCAUUCAUUCUCACUUUCUGACACUUCCGAGAGUUCGGGUGUACGCGAUUGCAGUACAACCCGGUAAGGAAUAUGAUUCAUUACACUUGCCAUUAUGAAAACUGUUGGGCUGAUAAAAAGCCCUUGGGAUCUUUCCAGAGACUAAGUCCCACUUGUACAAGAUGCUUGAGUAGUGCAGCGGAAGUGUUGAGUGAUUGAACCCUUGCACUAGUAAGUGAGAGCAAGUGAAAGAUUAAAAGAAACAAGCAUACACCAAUCUACAGAACAAUAAGAGAUGAACCCGUUUGUAGAAUAUAGUUGAAGGAACGGUUAUCAAGUCGCACAGCGACUGUGGGUGAAAAUUCAUGGCGGACUUAGAUUAG